AUGGACAGAACCACCAUCAACCCUUCCAAACAACCCCUGCCACGGCCUUCAUCGGUCGCGUCAACAAACACAACAUCCACCAACAAAACCCGGCAGUACGCUCAUCUGCACGCGCAGUUGGCUCAAUUGAACGCGCAUCUAGCAGACACCGAGAACCUGUUGAGGAUGACGGCCGUGCAAGCUCAAGAUAUGCGGUUUUUGGGUGGCUACGUCGGGGCGUUGUUCAUGGGCAGCGCCAAAGUUCUCGGGGAAGAGAGUGUGCAGGGCAGAGGGAAACAGGGAGAGGGUGCCAAAGACUCGUGA